AACCAACAAACUCGUCGGAUCUUGCUAACUAAUUGUUGUACGCUACUAAAUUUUUAAAUAUUUUAUUUAUUAUUAUUUUAAACUGUCGGGUGUUGAAGCACGUGACCUGUUUAAAAGAUUAAAUAUCUUACCGGAAGUUUCUAAUUAUGUUUCAUUGCUUGGUAUAGAAUAAAACAAUUCGCACGUGCACACAGUCUAUUACUAAAAUUUAAUAGUAGAUAGUACUACUCUAUUACUUUUCUUUAAACAACAAUAGUAUUUAUAUGAAUAAUUAUCUGUGGUAAAGUGGUUAUGAUUGCGUUUAAAAUAAAUUUAAAAAGAUACUUUUAUUUUUAUAAAAAAGUUAAUUAAAAUCUCUGAUUAUUUUUUAACGUAAUACAAAUGUCGGUAAAAUGACGACAAAUGCAAUACGAGGAAUACGACGAAAAAAAAGUUCAUUGUGUGAAGUUAAAGUUGCAGUUAUAGGUGCACCAGGCGUUGGAAAGAGCGCCUUGACUGUGAGAUUUUUAACAAGACGUUACAUUGGCGAGUAUGAUCAUCAACAAGAAAAUCGGUAUAAACAUGAGGUACUGGUGGACGGCGAACCGAUACUUUUUGAAAUAUUAGAUUCAUGUCCAAAGAGCCAAGAGGAGAUGCCAACAAUGGAAACGCUGCAAUGGGCAGACGGUCUUCUAUUAGUUUACUCAAUAACCGACCGAGGUUCCUUUAACUUUGUAAGAAAAGCGAAACAAGCACUUGCGGUCGCCGACCCAGAAGCAGCGAUGCCUUUAGCUUUGGUUGGAAACAAAGCAGACAUGGUUCACUUACGUCAGGUCAGCACUGAGGAGGGUGAAAUUUUGGCCAAAGACUUUGAGUGUUGGUUUAGUGAAGUUACUGCUGCUGAACAGGUAGCUCAAAUAGCCGAAUCAUUUCAUGAAUUAUGCAAAGAAGUUUUAGCAGCGCGAAGAAGGAAUAAACAGUCACUUUUGGAUCGUAUGCUCGGUAGUAAAGCUACCAAAGCUUAUUCACGCGGGAAAAGUGAUUCUGCUUUACCGAAAGAUUAA